AUGUGCCCGGCCGCCCCAACUACAGCCGAUGUGCCGUCCAGGACGCACUGCUCCCGCAUUGGUUGCAGUUGUGUCGCGUAUGGGGCCUCCAUCGAUGAGCUUCAGUGCCGCUCUCAAACGCGCUAUAAAGGCCACUAUCUAUACAUCAUUUCAUCGAGAGGUCGUGUCGCCGGAGCCCGGCGGUGCGUGCUGGCGCGGGCUUCUGCGACGAUGGCACCACCGGCUAGGAGGACGCACUACGAGGUGCUCGGGGUGGGCGUGGGGGCCAGCAGGGGCGAGAUCAAGGCGGCGUACCGGCGCCUGGCGAGGGACGUGCACCCGGACGCCGCAGGCGCAGGCGGCGACGAGGGGUUCAUCCGGCUGCACGCGGCGUACGCCACGCUGGCCGACCCCGACGAGCGCGCGCGCUACGACCAGGAUGUGGCCAGCCGCGCCGCGGUGAUCACGACGCGGCGGGCGGCGGGGCCAGCGUUCCGACGCAGGACGUGGGAGACGGACCAGUGCUGGUAGGACGGCCGGACACACGCAUGCUCUGCUUUCCCGUUCGCCAGGCCGCCGGCCGUUUGGUUCAGACACGGCGCCAUGUUGUGCUCGUGGUCGCCGGAGGAAAAACCGCGUCAGCUGCUGCGCGCUGUUCGAUCCGUCUUGGACGGCCCAGAUCAGGUGAUGCGUGUAAACUGCGGCACGGCGGGAGACGUUUUUAUAGAUCUCAUGUGCGUUCGAUCAUUAGCAAGAUGCAAAAUAUGUACUACUAGAUCGAUUAGUCU